AUGGGUUCAACUUUUGUGGAUGAAGCUGUUAUAAAGAUUAAUCUAAUUAAAGAAAGAUUGAAAGCUGCACAAUAUAGACAACAUAAGUAUUACAAUCAGAAGCACAGAUUUAUGGAAUUUCAGGUUGGUGACUUUGUGUAUGUCAAAGUCAGUCCGAUGAAAGGUGUAAGCAGAUUUGGUAGAAUGAGUAAACUCAGUCCAAGAAAGUGGAUAUCUGAUUCUGACAAGAAAGUGUCUAUUGAUGAGGUUGAGAUUCAGGAGAAUCUACAGUACAAAGAAGAACCGGAGAAAAUUUUGGCCUAUGAUGUACUCAAGUUAAGAAGUAAACAAAUUCCAAUGGUUAAAGUGUAG